UGCAAGUUUAACAGUUUGUGGUUAGAGAAAAUGUCUUUCUCAUCUCGGUUGACGCCGGUGGACGGGAAUGUGUUUGAAGCUCGCUGCACCUUGUGCAAGAAAACGAUUAAAUUACGGACAAUGGGAGGCAUCAAGGCGUUGGAGUCACACGAGCUGUCGUCCUAACACAGAGCUCAGGGAGUUCAGCCACUGGAAGGUGAACAGCCUGGCCACAGAGAAGAGAGAUUUCCUCAAAGCUCCGUUGCCCUUAGCGCCGGAGUUCCUACGCAACCUCCGGUUACUGGGGCGACGACCAACCCUGCAGCAAAUCAACGAAAACCUCAUCAAGAAGUAUGGGACCCACUUCCUAGUUUCUGCUACCCUGGGAGGAGAGGAAUCUUUGACCAUUUUCCUGGACAAGCAGAAGCUGAAUAAGAAGUCAGAGGGCAACAGCAACAGCUCCGUGGUGUCUCUGGAGCUGCUCCAUCAGCUGGCCGCUUCCUACUUCACAGAUCGAGAGAGCACCCUAAGGAGACUGCACCACCUGCAGAUCGCCACCUCUGCAAUCAAGGUAACUGAAACAAGGACGGGCCCACUCGGCUGCAGUAACUACGACAGCUUGGAUUCGGUUAGCUCUGUGUUGGUGCACAGCCCAGAAAAUAAGAUCCACCUGAAGGGCUUGCAAGAUGUCCUGCCAGAGUUCCUACGUGGGCGUUUUGUGGAGGCAGCCCUCAGCUAUGUGGCAUGCAACUCGGAGGGCGAGUUGCUCUGCCGCAACAAUGACUGCUGGUGCCGGUGUUCUUCCCGCUUCCCAGAAUGCAACUGUCCCUUCGCUGACAUCAAGGUCAUGGAGCAGAACCUGGAGAAGAGCAAAGAGGCCUGGAGCAGCUUCAACCAAGAGUUCAUGGAAUCAGAUGAAUUCAAAGCCUUCCUGAAGCGCUUGCCCACUGACCGGUUCAUGAAUGUGUCCAUGAUUGCCAAGUUCUGGUCGGCUGACUUGUCCCUCCAGAAGCGCUAUGCCCAGCUGGAGUCCAGCACUGCCCUGGUCCUUGGCAAAGCCCAGAAGAUCGUCAGGAAACUGUUCACCCUGAGCAAACGCUGCCCCAACCAACCUCGCAUCAGUCUGCCCCGAGAGAGGUCUGUUGGGUUUUGGCUGAGCCGGGUCCAGUCUCUGCUGUACUGCAAUGAGCACGGAGUGCUGGGCUCCUUCUCUGAGGAGGUGAAGAGCUGUAGCUGCCCAGUGGAGCAGCCCACCUGCCAGGGAGUUAUUCCCUGCAUCGUGGGCACCUCGUCCACCUCCUGCUCCUCCUGUGCCAGUGACAAUGUGACCCGCUGUGGAGCUUGUCACCAUGGCAACCUCCUUCAUCUUGGAUCCUGCCAGCCAAGCAUUGCCGCAUCCCUGGACCACUAUCUGAACUUUGACUUGGACAUGCCUGAUGCUGAGGUGAAGUACCUGCUACAGCGACUGGACAGCAGAAUAGAGGUCCAUGCCAUUUACAUCAGCAACGAUGUCCGCCUGGGAAGUUGGUUCAACCCUGCCUGGAGGAAGAGAAUGUUGCUGACGCUUAAGAGUAACAAAAACAAGUCCAAUCUCAUCCACAUGCUAAUGGGCAUUUCUUUCCAAAUAUGCUCAACUAAGAAUUCAACGCUAGAGCCUGUGCCUGCGGUUUAUGUGAAUCCUUUUGGUGGGAGUCACUCAGAGAGCUGGUUCAUGCCAGUGAACCAGCCUGACUUCCCCGACUGGGAGAGAACUCGACUGGACGCCGUUGUCACGGCACAGUGUUACAAUUGGACACUGUCUCUGGGCAGCAAAUGGAAGUCCUUCUUUGAAACAGUGCACAUCUACCUGAGAAGCCGCAUUGUCACAGAUGAUCCAACAGUGAACGAAACUCUCUUCUAUGAACCGCUGGACUUGGAUGACCAGACGUCCAACCUGGGGUAUAUGAAGAUCAACACGCUGAAAGUGUUUGGAUACAGCAUGCACUUUGACCCUGAGGGCAUCAAGGAUCUGAUUCUCCAGCUGGACUACCCCUACACACAGGGCACACAGGAUGCUGCCUUUCUUAUGUUGUUGGAGAUGAGAGACCGGAUUAACCGGCUGUCUCCACCAGCACCGCAGCCACUAGACCUGUUUUCCUGUCUGUUGCGCCAUCGACUCAAGCUGUCGGCCGGAGAGGUGGCACGCAUCAAGGACUCCCUGCAGAUGUUCAACUCCAAGCUCCCCAAUGCGUCUCCUGAACCUGAGCUGGCCCAGCUGUGCAGUUAGCUGUCUAGCUUAGCACACAAGUCGGGUUCAGGAGUGAUGCUACACAUGGAAAACAGAGUUGCUGAUUCAGGGACAACCCUAGACUGAGCAGGGGAGGUCCUACUGUGUUGGCUUUUUGGACCCAAAUCAUCUUGAUUAAUGGAACAUCCAAGUCUAAAAGCUGACUGGGCUUUUCUUAUGGCCAGUUUUCUGGUGUCACAUUUUUAUCAAAAAUUGCUACCAGAACCCUUUGAUGAGAAGUGGAGUCAUUUUAUAGGAGAACAGCUGAUACUUGGACUCUCUUUCAGAAGCUCUACUGAACCAGCCCAGAUGCUUACAUUUGCCGUUACUGCCCUGCUUUUGGCAAACUGUGUGAAGAACUGGUCAAAGCUAAGAGAGUCUCACACCGACAGAUUUUAUGAACUGGAUCCACAGAGAGCCGAUGUCAUUAAGUAUACCUAGGAAGACCUCUGCCUUGCGAAGAUGAAGGCGAUUUUGAUAUGUAAAGAGGAACACUUAAGGGGUCUUCAAACAUGAGUUAAUGGAAGAGGAUUUCCCCUUUUCUACACAUAUUUUCUUUGGCUACAGAACAAUCUGGGAGAAGGGAAAAUGGGAUAAUAUUAUAUAUGUGGUGAAUGAGUUGUUAUGUUAUGCUUAACAGUUUAAAAUUUGAUAAUCCUGAACCCUGUUACUGUCUUUGAAUAUUUCUUUUUAAUUCCUGCCUACCAUUUUAUCUGGCAUUUGAAAACUUGUAAGUAUCUAUGCUUAACAGUUGAGUGAGAAGCCUGUUAGUGAUGUUCUGUCCUUGGUGGUGUGUCGAUACCAAAAGAAGGUGAACACAUCAGCAAAGUGAAUGGCAAACUAUCUUAAAUGUUGAGUUAUUUUUGAGCUGAAAAUCAUAAAGAAAUCUUCUGAUGUGAUUACAAAAAGGUCUGCAGAUACUACGCUGUAAAUAACGCUCCAUCUAACCCCAGGUGUGGACAAGUGCACAUUGCUUUUUAGAUAACCGAGUGCAAAGACCAAAAAAAUGUUUAUAACAAAACAAACUCAUGCCUUAUAUGGAGAUUCAAUGUUAAGACAAGAAGCACAUUUGGUUUUGUGUUUGAUUUCCCAGCGAAGGCUGUAUUGCUUUUUAUAUUUAAGUAUUUCUACCAAGACAGAACAACAGACACAUUCUCCAGAAUAUGUGGUAAUGUAGCUUUUCCAUGUAAAUGCCAGUCACACUUUCUGAAGUUCAUUGUUUUGAUUUGGUGUUGUGAAACUUUGAGUCACUAUUCACAGUGCACACCAGUACUUGCAUACUGUAAUUGUUCUGCAAAGUCCUUCUAUCUCCAAUUAGACAAAAUCUCAGUAACCGAUUGAACCUGGCUGAUUUUAUUAUACUUUUAACAAAGGUUUUCAGUGGUUUGGUUUAGUCUCAGGAAUGAAUGAAAUGAUUUCUUUUUUCUUUUUUGUUUUAACAUGUAGGUCCAGUGUCAGCUGCCAGUUACCACAGCAACGGGACUUACAAGACUUCUGCAGGGCAGUGAUGGUACUCUUGACAGCUUGAGAAUUUAGCAGGAUGAUACUUGAUAUUAUUUUAUGUUUACUUCACUAAUUUCUCACUGAAAGUCAGUAAACCUUGUAUGUCAUUUUCAGCAGUUCUGUGCUCAGCUUGCUUAAGUAAAAACAAAGUGGUUUAUC